AUGGUGGAAAGACACCGAGAGGAUGGACAUGCAAGAAUGAUGCAUGACUACUUUGGACCUAACUGUACUUGGGGCCCUAAGAAGUUCCACCAGCGUUUGGGUAUGUAUCGACCUCUUUUCUUACGUAUUCUAAGUGAGAUUGUUGUUGCGGAUCCUGCUUUUGAUUUCCAAGUUGAUUGUACCGGAAAACUUUGUCACUCUCCCCACAUGAAGAUGUAUGCCGUAAUGAAAUGUUUGUGUAAAGGUAUAUUCGUUGAUAGCACAGAUGAUUAUGUCCGUAUGGGAGCGCCAACCGUCUAUAUGUAUGUGAAGAGGUUUACCAGGGUAAUUGUUCGCCGCUUUGGUCCAAGGUACGUGCGACUUCCUACAAGAGAAGACACGGAAAUAUUAUUGCCAGAAAAUGCGGCUAGAGGUUUCCUGGAAUGCUUGGAAGUGUUGAUUGUAUGCAUUUUCGGUGGAAGAAUUGUCCAACAGCAUGGGAAGGUACGUUCCGUGGGGUCGAACAACGACUUGAACGUCUUGGCUCAAUCUCCACUUUUUGAUAAGAUGGUUAAUGGUUUAGCAGCUCCUUGUAAUUACCGCAUCAAUGGCCACAGCUACGACAAGGGUUACUACUUGGCGGAUAAUAUAUAUCCACGAUUAUCUUGUAUAGUGCAGUCAUUCAAAAUUCUUCUUCCAAAUCAGCCAGUUAAAUCGUUGUUCAAUAAAUACCAACAAGCGAAGAGAAAGGAUGUUGAAAGGGCUUUUGGAACUCUCCAAAACAAGUUCCAAAUAACUAAAAAGCCAGCAUGUUACUGGGAUAAUAAGGAUAUAAACUUUAUUAUCAAGGCUUGUUUGAUUUUGCAUAAUAUGAUCAUUGAGAAUGAAAGACGUAACUUAGAUUGGGGUCAAGUCGUGAACGAACCAAUACGACAGGUUACUGGAAUACCGAGGUCAUACCACGCGUUAAGGAAUGAUGAGGCAUAUCUCCAACUCCGCAAUGAUCUUGUUCAACACAUUUGGAUACGACAUGGACUAGGUCUCAGAGACGGUGAAAUGUCACCAGAAUCUCCCCCUCCACCACCAGAUGAUCUUGAUGGUUCGGAUGGCGAAUUCGAUCCUACCGAUGUUUACCCAGCAGAACAGCUUUAG